CCUAAAUGUUUUUUUUUCGUCUCCAAAUACGUAACGCCGUCUGUUUGCUCUGCCACGGUAUCACGGCUUCGCGAGUUUACGCUGUCUCUAACCUAGCAGGUUGCCAAAUUCAAGCAGAAGAGGAAGCACGAUGGAUCCAGCAUCACAAAUCGCCCCAAGCCCUGCAAGAUCAUCAUCAGCAAGAGAUAAAAACACUGACAUCUUCCCCAUCAUUCCUGACUCCGACCAGGACAAUGGCAACAGCCUCCCCGCGGAUGACAUUGAGACAAACACCACCCUCGAGCGCCGCCUCUGCCUCAAAAUCGACCUACGCCUCUGCACCAUCGCCGGCAUCCUCUGCUCGCUCAACCUGUUGGACUCUGGCGUGAUCAGCUCCGCAUCGGUAACAUCCAUGCUUUCCAAUCUCGACCUAGACGUUGGAAAUCGCUACAGCGUCAGCAUCUUCAUCUUCACCAUCUCCAGCAUUGCCUUCCAGCUCCCGUCGACACUGGCAGUGCGCACGUUUGGCCCGCGAGUAUGGUUCACGACUAUCACGUUUGCGUUUGGGUUAAUUACCAUGUGCACAGCGUUUAUUCAAACCUGGAAGCAGAUGAUUGCGUUGAGAGUCCUGCUUGGUAUUGCUAUGAGUGGGAUUUACCCAGGCUUGACAUAUCUGAUCUCGACGUGGUAUCUUCGAAGCGAACAGCAAACGCGGUUUGCUUUUUUGCAGAGUGGUGAAGUUAUUGUACUGGCUACGGGCAGUAUUGUCAACUUCGGUCUUAAUCAGUUAGAUGGUAGGGGUGGAAUCGCUGGGUGGCGAUACAUGUUUCUCGUUCAGGGGUUGAUCUCGAUGGUGAUUGGCGUCAUCACCUACUUCUGGAUUGUGGACUUCCCAGAGAAUGCCCAAAAUUCCCUCUGGUUCUUGAAGGCCGAGGAACAAGAGCUUGCCGUAUUCAGGAUCAACCGAGACCGCAAAGAUGUCAUGCCUGACCCCUUCACCUGGGCCAAAGUCUUCAUUCAUGCCAAGGACCCCAAGAUAUACGGCUUCGCCUGCAUGUUUUUUCUACUGAACCUGGUUUCUACCUCGUUAUCCUACUUCCUCCCAAUCAUAUUACAAAGCGGUAUGGGCUUCAGCGAGAACAAAUCCAUACUCCUCAGCGCACCACCAUACUACUACGCCGUCAUCCCCGUGAUCAUCUCAUCCAUCGUUGGCGACCGCUUCCAACUCCGCGGACCCGUCAUUGUCUUUAACUGCAUCUGCCUAAUCAUUGGGUUUUGCAUGCUUGGUUUCACGGACCAAGUCACCGUUCGAUACAUUGGCACGUAUCUCGCCACAGGCGCGUAUGUGAGUAACUGGGCUGCCUUGAGUACAUACCAAGCGAACAACAUUGCCGGGCAGUGGAAGCGUGCUUUCACAGCUGCGGCGGUGACGGCUAUGAAUGGUGCUGGUGGGAUUGCGGGGAGCUUUAUCGUGAAGUCGACUGAGGCACCACGGUAUAUGACGGCCGUGUGGAUUUCCAUUGGGUCACACAUCUUGAUUGUUGGAUUGGUGGCCGCGUUUUCGGCAUAUUUUACGUUGGCGAAUCGGAGGGCCGACAGAGGAAAGGUGGUACUAGAGGGGAUAGACGGGUUUAGAUAUACACUUUAGGUCUAGGUGUACCCUUACGUCCCUCGCACAUUAUGUAUAGCGCGAACAGCAACUGUAAACACUCCUGAUAUGACUAUGUGGUUUGACUGCAUUGAUGUG